CUUCGUCCAAAGGAAGCAGUUCUUGUCUACAAUUUCCCUGGAGGUAUGGCUUCUCAUAUGCAAGUUGGGCAACUGAAAACUACUGCGCUGCAGACAAUCCGUGUGAUCUCCCUGUUUCUGAAUACAGUGAUUGCCAUCAUUGAUUCAGUAAUUUGCCAUCUUCCUGCCAUUGUCCUAAGACUCAACGCUGUGGUUGUUAUUUUUCAUGCGAGCCUUUUGGGGAAAGGAUAUGGCGAGGCUUGAGUAGACAGAGGUUGGAUAAUGUUCAGGAC